AUGGCGAAGCAGAUACUCAAUGCAAACAGAAAACGACUCAUGCAGUGUAAGGGAUUAGUGAAAGAUUCGUCAGUGUUCCACCGAUUCCCCGGCCUGGAUCACAGACCUCAGACAGAACUGGCGGAAGGACGUAAGAAGGCAGACCUGAUAGUAGUGGUGUUGGUUGGCGCUCUGCUGGCAAUGUUGGCGCUAGCAGUGAAUGGACGCCGGACUGUAAAGAAGUCUGUGUACAAGGACUGGUGUGAGGAUCUCGAGGACGGCAUGUACAUCAGUGACUGCACCACCUUCUACCGCUGCGUCAACGAGACUACCGAGUACCUGCCGUGUCCGAACAAUCUUGUCGCUAACGAGAAGCAGAUGUGGUGUGACUACAAGGACCUAGUUAAACCUCCAUGCGGCACCGCCCCUAACUGUACAGGCAUGGACGGCAACUACCCCGACUACGCCAGGAAGUGCCAGUACUACUUCACGUGUCUACACGACGACUUCUACGGCUACACACGAUGCGCAGCCAAUUUGCUGUUUAACCCCGAGAAGAACAACUGUGACUGGCCGUGGCUGGUGAAAGCCCCGUGUGGGACGGCCCAAGGGAACGUGUGGCCAGAUGGGAGGCCCCAGCCCUACCGAAGAUAGGGGUCCCGUCUUCACCCCAUGUCACGUCCACCCCAUGGGAUGGUUGAUGUGAC